AUGGUAUUUUGGCCUCUGUUUGCUCUCUCUAGAACUGAAAGACCAAGAACGGUUUCCCCAGACGAAGGAGAAGCAGAAGCAACCGGUGCCUUUGAAGUGACGAUCGUACUUUCAGCUCUGGCUCCGGCCAGCUUCCGAUCAUUUCUCUGCUUCUUGGUGGACAUUUUGGUAAAGCUGGGUCUCUUUUCCGGAUAGGUUUUCUUGUCGGUUUCAGAGGGAUUAUGAGAAAUCUGUGCCGGGCAUCGAGCGGUAUUUCAUGUUUGGGAAUUUCUUGUUCGGCAUUCACACAACAAACUUUAUCGAUUGUUCCCUUUCACUUGCUUCUUACUGCCACAAUUAUAUAUGGACUGAGUUUCACAUUUCAUGGGAGGUGUGGAGGAUGAAGGACCAGCCUUAAAACGCAUGAAGUUGUCCUCUAACGGAUUAGUUGGGCUGUCAAACGGUUCGUCUUCUGAAGAGCACAUAGAAGGCUCUUCCAGUGAGUUGAUGGCUCGGCCCCUACCAACUGAAGGGGACAAACAAGUUGUUGGUUCAAAAGGAGUUAUCAAACGAGAUGAAUUUGUCAGGAUAAUUGCUAAUGCAUUAUAUUCUCUUGGUUAUACAAAGAGUGGAGCAUGCUUAGAGGAGGAGUCUGGAACACCUGUCAAUUCAUGGGUGGUAAACCUGUUUAUUCAGCAGAUACUUGAUGGCAAUUGGGAUGAAAGUAUAGUCACAUUGCGUAAAAUUGGUCUGGUAGAUGAAACAAUUGUGAGGUCAGCUUCUUUUUUGAUUCUGGAGCAGAAAUUUUUUGAGCUUCUGGAUGGGGAAAAGGUGAUGGAUGCAUUGAAAACCCUGAGGACUGAGGUUGCACCACUUGGCAUAAACAAUAGCAGAAUUCGUGAACUUUCUUCCUGCAUAGUAUCCACGUCACUGUCUGGCCAUGCUAAUUCUUGUAAAAAAGAUGUUGCAAGGGUUAGGUCUCGGUCAAAGCUGCUGGAGGAAUUGCAGAAACUGCUUCCCCCAACCAUAAUGGUACCUGAAAGGAGGUUAGAACAUUUAGUUGAACAGGCCCUUAUUUUGCAACGAGAGUCUUGUCAAUUUCACAACUCCUUAGAUAAGGAGAUGUCAUUAUAUGCUGAUCAUCAUUGCGGAAAAGACCAGAUACCUUCUAGAACUUUGCAGGUAUUAGAAGGACAUGAUGAUGAAGUCUGGUUUGUGCAAUUUUCACAUAAUGGAAAAUAUUUAGCUUCAUCAUCAAAUGAUCGAUCAGCUAUCAUUUGGGAGGUUGGCUCAAACGGGGAACUGUCUAUGAAGCAUAGAUUAUGUGGUCAUCAGAAACCUGUGUCUUCUGUUUCAUGGAGUCCUGAUGACCAAGAGGUCAUUACAUGUGGGGUGGAGGAAGCUAUUAGGCGUUGGGAUGUCUUUACUGGUAAAUGUCUCCAAGUUUACGAGAAAGCUGGUGUUGGCAUGGUUUCAUGUGCAUGGCUUCCGAGUGGAAAAAAUAUACUUUCUGGCCUGAAUGACAAGAGCAUUAUCAUGUGGGACUUGGAUGGGAAGGAGCUGGAGGCCUGCAGAGGACUUAGGACCCUUAAGAUUUCAGAUCUGGCAAUAACUAGUGAUGGGGAACAGAUCGUAAGUAUUUGCAAAGACAAUGCAAUACUAUUGUUCCACAGGGCAACUCACGAUGAGAGAUUUGUUGAAGAGGAUCAGACCAUAACCUCCUUUUCUUUAUCAAAGGAUAGCAAAUUCGUGCUGGUUAGUCUUUAUAACCAAGAAAUACAUCUUUGGAACAUUGAAUAUGUUCCUAAGCUUGUCGGCAAGUAUAAAGGCCAUAUACGCACCCGAUUAAUAGUUAGAUCUUGCUUUGGUGGAAUUAAGCAAUCUUUUAUUGCUAGUGGAAGUGAAGAUUCACAGGUUUACAUAUGGCAUAGAGACUCCCAGGAGUUAAUCGAGGCACUGCCAGGCCACUCUGGAGCUGUGAAUUGUGUGAGCUGGAAUCCUUCUAAUCCUCAUAUGUUGGCUUCAGCCAGUGAUGAUCGGACAAUUAGGAUAUGGGGCGUAAGCAGCCUGAAAGUAAAUUAUCAAAAGGCAAAAAAAAGCAGCAUCAGCAGCGGCGGCAGCAAUGGCUUCCACCAAUGCAAUGGGGGAACUUAGAUGAAGCAGCCAUUCCCCAUUCUUAUUUCUCUCUUUCAUUGCAAUGCUGUAAAUACCUUUACUAUCACAAGAUGACAUUCAUAUCAAUUGUCAAACAUGCAACUGACUUUCCAUCAA